AUGGGUUCUGAUCCACCUCUUCGCGACGGGUUGUCGCUCUUGCCAUCGGUCACCAAUGCCUGGACGCGCGUCUCUAGUGCCCUGUGCAGUCGUCUCCCCAUUAAGUUGGACGCACCUUCCACGUCAUUGUCAGCUCUUGUCCCGUCCAAGUUUCUCGCGGUCGCAAGUGCCGCUGCUCUCGGCUACUACGUCGACCAGAAACUGCUCCUGUCGUCCGACUUGUGCCAAGCAGGCAUCCAGGCCGUUGCCUUGCUGCAGGCCAAGCGAUACGCCCGCAAUGGCACGCUCGUCCCGGAUCUUUUCGAGCAAAGCGUGGCCAAGUGGCCGCACAAAAGCUGUCUACAACUCGGCUCGCGGGUGCUGAGCUUCCAACAAGCUGACGAAGUGGUGAACCGCGUUGCUCACUGGGGACUGCACCACGGCUUGCAGGUGGGACAGACCGUGGCGUUGCUCAUGGAAAACCGCCUCGAGUAUGUCCUCGUAUGGCUCGGGUUGGCCAAGAUUGGCGUCGUCACGGCCCUUUUGAACACGAACUUGCCGCCCAAUGGACUCGUUCAUUGUGCGACGAUCGCAGACGCCAAGUGGAUGAUUGUUGGAGAAGAACUCGCUGCUAACCUCAGACACGUGGAGGAACACUUGCCUCACGUUGCCUAUUAUAUCUACGGCAAUGGUGAAUUGACCGCCGAAGCUGCAACUGCAUUCCUGCCUCGAGCUAAGUCGCUGGAUGCGGAACUAAGGACGAUGAAGACCGAGCAGCCACCGCAGUCGAUUCGCAAACAUGCGAAGAUGUCGACGUCAGACACGGCGCUACUGAUCUACACGAGCGGGACGACAGGACUGCCGAAGGCUGCCCGAGUGAACCAUUUUAGCAUCAUUCUGCGCUCGCUGGCCAUCAAGUGCUCCAUGGAUUUGUCCAUGAACGACAGACUGUAUUGUGCGCUGCCGCUGUAUCACACGUCCGGGGGCAACUUGGCUGUAGGGAUGAUGAUUUGUACCGGUGCCACGCUGUGUAUCUCGCGUCGGUUCUCGACCAGCAAGUUUUGGGAUGAAGUUCGGGCAUAUGACUGCACGGUCAUUCAAUACAUCGGCGAGAUGUGUCGUUACCUGGUUAAUGAACCAGUAAAAGCGAAUGACAAGGAGAACCACGUUCGUGCAGCUUUUGGGGACGGAUUGCGCCCUGACGUGUGGGCGCCAUUCCAAGACCGGUUUGGUAUUCCGUCCGUGUAUGAGUUUUAUGGCUCGACGGAGGGACCAAUGGGUAUGUUAAAUGCUUGUACGUCGAAGGCCGACCAGGGACAUCUUGGCCGUCGUGGCUUCGUUAUCAACGCGUUGACUGGCGUGGCAAUCGUCAAGUAUGAUGUUGAAAAGGACGACUACGUGCGGACGAAAAGCGGGUUUCUUCAGCGAUGCGCAACGAAUGAAACGGGUGAGCUCAUUGUGAAGGUGGACCAGACCGACCUUGUGCGAGGAUUCCAAGGGUACUAUCGAAACAAACGUGAGUCCAGCAAGAAGGUGCUUACGGAUGUAUUUAAGAAGGGUGACAUGUACUUUCGGACGGGCGACCUGUUCAGAGAAGACGAGAGGCACUGCUGGCACUUUGUGGACCGGGUGGGCGAUACAUUCCGGUGGAAGGGAGAAAAUGUCGCCACAAACGAAGUUCAAGAGGCUGUCUCCAAGUUCCCUGGGCUCAGUGAGAUUUGCGUUUACGGGGUUGAGGUCCCCGGUCGAGAUGGACGUGCGUGCACGGCCGCCAUGGUUUUCGAUGAAGAAUUAUUUGACUUCCGAGCAUUUGCGCAAUUUGUCAAGCAGCGACUGCCAUCUUACGCCAUGCCGCUAUUUCUUCGCAAGCUACUGACCAUGUCUGUCACCGGAACAAUGAAGCAAGAAAAGGCGAAGCUGCGCAAGGAGGGUAUGAACCCAUCCGAAGUUUCCGACCGUCUCUGGGUCCUCAAUCGAGACAAGGACAACUACGAGCUGCUUACGAGCAAGAAUUACCACCAAAUGGUCACCACCUCCCGUCUGUGA